AGGCCAUGGUGUUGAUGCUACGAGUCCUGCUGCCCUUCUUCUGCACCCUGUUCUUCCUGAACCUGCUCCCCGGGGUGGAACCUGCCGUGCCCCUAGAGGACUUCUACCCCUUUGGCAAGGAGCAGGGAGACUCCCAGACCAUUGCUCAGGACGACGGAGGCUCCGGUCUUGUGGAGAUCUCUGUAGCAUUCCCUUUCUUUGGAGACAGACACAUGGGACUCUAUGUCAAUAACAACGGUCUGGUGUCUUUUCUGAGGGAAGUAUCUCAGUUCACUCCCGUUGCUUUUCCCAUUGCUGGUGAUAGGAGAGUUGUGGCCCCAUUUUGGGCUGAUGUUGACAACCGACGUGCCGGAAAAGUUCUAUACAGAGAGAGUCAGGAGCCUUCCAUACUCAGACGGGCGUCAGAAGAUGUGCGGAUGUAUUUUUCAGAGCUGCCCCACUUCAAUGCAACAUGGAUUCUCGUAGCUACGUGGCACCAAGUCACUUUCUUUGGAGGAAGCUCUAAAACACCGGUGAACACCUUCCAAGUGGUGCUCAUCACAAAUGGAGAGCUUUCCUUCACAAUAUUCCAAUACAACAAUGUAACGUGGACAACAGGCAUGCAUGCCAGCAGUGGAGGAGACCGGGCAGGUCUUGGAGGGAUCGCAGCACAGGCAGGUUUCAACGCAGGCGAUGGAAAGCGCUAUUUUAACAUCCCUGGCUCCCGAACUGCUGACGUGGUGAACGUAGAAGGAACCACCAAUGUGGGCUUCCCCGGCAGAUGGGUCUUCCGGAUAGAUGGGGCAAAUGUAGAAGUGGGUGGCUGCAAUAACUCUGCUUCUGUGUGCCCGCACCUGCGACCAUGUCUAAACGGAGGCCGCUGCAUCGAUGACUGUAUCACAGGCAACCGCUCCUUCACCUGCUCCUGCUUGGCUGGUUUCACUGGUCGACGAUGCCAGAUCAAUGUCGAUGAAUGUGCUUCACAGCCCUGUCAGAACGGAGGAACAUGUGAAGAUCAGAUAAAUAGUUUCACCUGCCACUGUCCUUCUGGGUUUACAGGAGCUCUGUGUGAAACAGACAUAGACGAGUGCAAAGACCGGCCGUGCCUCAACAACGGGCUGUGUGUACAAGGCACCGGCACCUUCACCUGCACGUGUGAACCAGGUUACACCGGCAUCCUGUGUGAAACUGGUUUGAACAUGUGUGAGUCCCAGCCCUGUCUGAACGGAGGGGAAUGUGUCAGUCAAUUGACGAACUUCACGUGUAUUUGCCCUGACACCUUCAUUGGAGUUCUCUGUGAGACAGAGCUGGUGGUGCCUCGAGCCAAUUCAACUGAGGCAGAGAACCAGACAGCUUUGUGCGCCGACUGUAAGAAGCACCAGAUUUGUGAAUACACCAGCUCUGGCACCUACAACUGUACGUGCAUGCCAGGAUACCACGGUGACAAGUGCGAAGAACAGUGUCUCUGCAAGAAUGGAGGUGUCUGUGUGAACGUCAGUGGGAUCAUCAGUUGUGACUGCCCGGCAGGCUACACAGGGCCCUAUUGUCAAUUAGAAGUAACCCAUACGCCAUGUAGUAACAGCAGGCCGUGUCCUGACGGAGGUCCCUGCUUGGAGUACGGAGGAAGCUACCGGUGCACAUGUCAGACUGGUGGAUCCGAGCUAGAGACUCGAGACAAAGACUUCAGUCUAUAUGUACAGCCCCAAUCGGUCUGUGACUCAUCCCCGUGUCUGAAUGGAGGUUACUGCUAUGAACGAGAUGGAGGCUACACCUGCGAGUGCAAACAUGGAUACUGGGGGAAGAACUGCGAGAGAGUCAGAAUCAAUCCCUGUGCUUCUGGUCCCUGUCGCAACGGAGGCUCCUGUAAGGAAGAAGCCGGGAGUUACCGCUGCGUCUGCCCCUACAGGUUCACUGGGAAGCACUGUGAAGUCGGCAAACCAGACCCCUGUGCCUCCAGCCCCUGUCUCAAUGGUGGAACAUGUUUCCACUACAUUGGAAAGUACAAGUGUGAAUGCACUGACAACUUUAGCGGCAGACACUGUGAAAUGAGACGCUCGACACAUCAGUUUCCAGACCUGACAUGUGGACGGCCCCCUCACGUGAAGCACGCUGACGUGCAGUUCUCCUCAACAACACCAGGAUCUGUAGCUGUUUACAUUUGCCAUCUCGGCUUCACGCCUGUGCCCAGAGCCACUCAGAGCAUCUGUGGCAUUCAGGGGGACUGGAGCCAGCCGCCCAUCUGUGAGGAAAUCAGUCAGUGUCUGUCUCAGCCUUGUGUUAAUGGGGGAACUUGUCGAGAUCAGGGAGCAUCUUAUGUUUGCGACUGCGCUGGUGGCUACAGUGGGAACCGAUGUCAGACAGACGUAAAUGAAUGCCUGUCAGAGCCCUGCAGGAAUAGAGGAACGUGUGAAAACCAGCCUGGCUCCUUCUUAUGCCACUGUCCGAAAGGCUUCAAAGGGAAAACCUGUGAGAAAGAGCUGGAUGGCUGUGAUUCCAACCCCUGUCUGAAUGGGGGUGUGUGCCGCAGUUUCGGGCAGAAUUAUCUGUGCGUGUGCAAGGAAGGCUUCUUUGGUGAUCAAUGCCAGAUGUUGGAGGAUCCUUGUGUACUGCAGCCUUGUGGUAACCGCGGUGACUGCAGGACUGGCAAAAGAGGCAACUACAACUGCGUGUGCCGACCGGGACACACAGGCAAGGACUGCGAGAAAGAUCUGUUGCCUCCAUCGGGUCUCCAUGUGCUGCGUGUGGAAGAAAAUGAAGUGGAGCUGCGAUGGGAUGAGAGGUCGCCCAGCAUGGCCAGUGGAUUUGCUGUCACCUAUGCUCCUCUUGGCCGGAGCAAUCGCAAGAUAGAUUUCCUGGAUAAACAGCAGUCCAGAUAUGUCAUGAGAGGACUGGCCCCAGGUCUGCUCUACAACAUCUCAACCUUCUCCGUCAAACGCAACACCAACACUGAUGACAUCAGCAAACCUGCCACUGCACUCAUUCGGACAAGACCUCGAAGGGCUGAGCAGCUGCACGUCGUCAAUGUUUCAUCAUCGCAUGUUUGGCUGCGAUGGUUGGUUCAGCUGGCUCGACAUUCAACAGUCAGUCGGGUUCAUGUGACACUGCAGCCACUGAAUGGAAGCGAUGAUCAAACCGUGGUUCUGAACUCAAGCACCACGGAGCACACAUUCAGUGCUCUUCGUCCGGCUCAAAUGUACACAGUAGAUGUGUUGACUCAAAGCGGAAUAAGACCAGAUGAGUUUCCCUCUACAAGCCACUCAGCUGGACCACUGCGCUUCUGGACACGGCCUCUUCCUCCUCAGAAUCUCUCAUUGUCAAACGUGACAACUAACUCUGCACUGAUAACCUGGAGCAGACACCCAAAACACCUCCCGGAUGGAUUUGUGGUCAAUGUGACCCGUGGAUUGAACACCCGCAGUCGCUUCCUGCCCAAUGGGAAGUUGGGCUCGUACACCCUUAGGGAACUGACGCCAGGACAACAAUACUUUGUGACUCUCACGUCCGUCAAGAGCACAGGAGAGGAGCAGAUCCAGAGCAAACCUCAGCACUUGGCCUUUGCCACGCUGCCAAUGGAAGGCCGUCAAGGAAGAAAGGAGAGGCUGAAGGUGAAUCAGUUCAGCCGUACAAUGAAACCGCAGAGGGCUCAGGACCCGGGCGGUGCAGCUGGAACAGAAGUGCCCAGAUUCCCAGAACUGGUCGACCGAAGAGGAAAAAUAACUACCAAGUUGAAGCACUUGCCAAGAAAAGUCAUCAGGCAUCGUACAAAACCCGAACCACCAAUCAGAUUAGAGCGGAUGGAGGAGACAACAAACAAGAUCAGUUUGGCCCUGGAGAUCCAAGAUGAGGGGUUACAGACAAAGCCCGAGACGCCCCAGGACUGUCGCACUCUCUCCUGCCUGAACGGGGGCUCGUGUGUGAAUGAUGGCGAUGCUUUCAUGUGCGACUGCGCAGCUGGGUUCAAGGGGAGACAGUGUGAACUGUUGUGCCAACGAGUGCCACACCCGUGCACCCGCCUCUAUUCUGAAACAAAAAGUCUGCCUGUUUGGGAGGACGGCGUGUGCCAUUACGUGUACAAAAGGACUUACAAAGUGCAGCAGGAUGUUUGCUACAGAGAAGUUUGUGAAGCUACUCUUCCCAAGAAAAGUCAAAGCAGAAAAACAACUAGGCAACAAUAAAGAACUUUUGAAGGAAGUGCGUCGGUCGUUUUUUGAGUUUCAGAUUUGAUGUUGAUGUUGUAUUGCUGUAACUGGAUUUUCUCACAGUCGUACAGGUGCACCCUGAAACAUAGCAUCUCUUCAACUCAGCAUUCGUGAUUCUUAACGGAUUAUCUGUUGUAGUUUCUCCUUUGGGAUGGUUCAUGAUGUUCUCUAAAUGUGUCAUAGACUCUGCUCACCUUGGUCAGCAGAGCACAGCAUGUUCUGUGUAAAAUACUUCAUCUGUGUCUCAGCAGGCUUUUCUGCUCGCUACUGUGUAAAUAGUGUUCAUAGGCCAUUUUGUAGGUGAAUAUUUUAAUAAUAAAACUGCCAAAAU